GGCGUCUAGCUGGGGAACCAAAGCGGCUUGAGACCGCCGGCUGUGGAGCUACCACGGUCAGUCAGUUGCCAUAAUAGGAGUGAAAGUGUUACCAGUGGCCUAUGAGGAAGCCACGUCGAAAGGUCCCGGUGGCUGGAGGAGGUGGAGUAGAUGUCAAAAAGUCCAGAGGGACAGCUGGUGGGCGUGGGGGUACCCGCCAGCGAUCUCCAUCUCCUUACAGCCUCAAAGCAUCUCCAAGCAGAGAAACCCUCAGCUAUGCUCAGGCUCAGAAGGUGGUGGAGGUGGAACUGGAUGGCAGGCUUCACCGCAUUUCCAUCCUGGAGCCUCUGGAAGUUAUUACAGAUGAUGAGAUGAUGGCUCAGGAUAUCAGCGAGUGUAAUAGCAACAAAGAAAAUAGUGAGCAGGCGUUAUCUCCCCCCAGCACUGCUCAAUCAACCCGUAAAGCAGUCACACCCAGAGGUCGCAGAAAAGACUCCAAAAAUUCCACUGUCCGGUCGCCAAAAAAUUCCAAAAACCACUGUCCAGAUCCCCAUCCCCAAACACCUGAAAAAUCAAACACAACAAACUCUCACCACACGACUCUUCCAGAACCCAAGUUUCUGGUUCUGGAAACCUUCACACCAGUCGAGGCAGCUCCUUUGCCUACAGCAUAUUAUCGUUACAUUGAAUGCUCGGCUGACGAGCAGGAAGUAAAAGCAGAAUAUGACAUGGACGAAGAAGACGCUGCUUGGCUGGAGAUGAUCAAUACUGGCCGGACAUCAGAGGGUUUCUCUGCUGUUUCACCGGACACUUUUGAGCUGCUGGUGGACCGUUUGGAGGAGGAGGCAUACCGAGAAGCUCGAAGCCGAGCACCCUCUCAAAGCGCAAUUGACGACGAUGCUUUUUGCUGUGUGUGCCUGGACGAUGAGUGUCUCAACAGCAAUGUCAUCCUCUUCUGUGACGCGUGCAACCUGGCUGUGCACCAGGAAUGUUAUGGAGUGCCCUACGUCCCUGAGGGCCAGUGGCUGUGCCGCUGUUGCCUUCAGUCCCCUCAAAAACCUGUUGACUGUGUUUUAUGCCCAAAUCGGGGUGGUGCUUUCAAACAAACAAGCGAUGGCCGAUGGGCACAUGUGGUCUGCGCUAUAUGGAUCCCUGAAGUUUGUUUUGCCAACACUGUGUUCCUGGAACCAGUGGAAGGGGUCACUAACAUUCCCCCAGCACGCUGGAAACUGACCUGCUGCCUGUGCAAGCAGAAGGGUCGAGGUGCAUGUAUCCAAUGUCACAAGGCUAACUGUUACACUGCAUUUCACGUCACAUGCGCUCAGCGUGCUGGCUUGUUUAUGAAGAUUGAACCCGUGAGGGAAACGAGCAUCAAUGGCACAACAUUUUCAGUUAAAAAGACAGCGUUUUGUGAGACCCACUCUCCCCCAGGACAAGAGACUGGGUCAGACGAGGAGAAUGAAGGGCGAGUUGUCGGCAGCAGAGGAAGGGCGAGUAGAGGUCGGAGCGCCUACACUGAAGGUCCAGCGACACCAAAAAAAGGCAGAAAGCCUGAAGAUGAUGCCUCAUCAGAUAAAAAGAAAGGGAAAAAAAAGACUGAGGCAAAAGAUCAACAUGCUGGUUCACCACAGACGACCGUGUCCCAGAUACCAACAAGCAGGCUUAAUAUUAUCAGCAAAGGAGUCAUUCUCCAAAGGAAGAACCAGUUUCUGCAGAGACUGCAUAACUACUGGUUACUGAAGCGUCAGUCAAGAAACGGUGUGCCACUGGUCCGACGAUUGCACUCCAGCAUCCAAUCCCAAAGGAACACAGAACCGCCUGAAGUGGACGAGAAGAUUUCUGCAGCAAGAGAAGCGUUGAGAUACUGGCAGAAGCUGCGACACGACCUUGAAAAAGCCAGACUGCUUGUGGAGCUCAUUCGCAAGAGAGAGAAGCUCAAACGAGAACAAGUCAAAGUUCACCAGGCAGCUUUAGAGAUGCAGCUGACCCCGAUGUGGAUGCUUCUUCGGUCCACCCUGGAUCAACUUCAGGAGAAAGACACGGCGCAUAUUUUUGCAAAGCCAGUUGACACAAAGGAGGUACCAGAUUACCUGGAGUUUAUCAGCCAGCCGAUGGACUUCUCCAUUAUGUGCUCCAAGCUUGAAAGUCAUACUUAUCGCUCUGUAGCUGACCUGGAGACCGACUUCAACCUGAUGGUGUCAAACUGCCUCCUCUAUAAUGCCAAAGACACCGUUUUUCACAGGGCGGCACUUCGUCUUCGUGACUUAGGGUUCGCCAUAUUACGCCACGCCCAGCGACAGGUCACAAACGCCGGUCUAGACCUUGACACAGGCAUGCACCUUCCCGAGUCGCCCCAAAAAAGAGACUUUUACAACUGCACCUGGGAGGACGUUGACAGUGUUCUGGAUCCAGAUAACCGACUCCACAUGACUGUGGAGGAACAACUGAAGGAGCUGUUAGAGAAGCUGGACUUCGUCACGUCGAUGCGGUGCAGCGGCGCCCGAACUCGCCGCAUUCGCCUGCUUCGUCGUGAGAUCAAUAAGAUCCGCUACAGGCAGGGUCAAACCCCAAGCCACAGCAGCCACAAUGGUUACCUUAAAGAAGAUGAUGAGGAUGAUGAAGAUGAGGAAGACAAUGAUAACGAUGCCAAAGCAGAAAACAACAUUUCGUCUUCAGACAAAGAGGACCGCAAAUCUGCUUCUCCCCCGAAACUGGAACCUACAGGUCCUGCUCCUCCUCCACGACAAGGAGAUCCACCGCUGGAGCCUCCUACUCUGCGGCCAAUCACUCGGGACUCCCAUUCCCCCACCUGGCCCUGCAAGCGCCUUAAGAUGGAGAGUGAGAUCUCAAACAGUACCAUAGAGAACAUUACUUGCACUAAUUCACAGGAGAGGUCAGCAACGCCACCUCCUAGUUUGCACAGCGAAGCUCAGGUGGUGGCUAAUGGCCUACCAGUGCUCAGCACCCCCUCAAGGCCCACCACCGGGGGAGUCGGCCGUCGGACCUCGGUAUUGUUUAGGAAAGCAAAAAAUGGAUCCAAGCUUCUCAAAGAAAAAGAUGACCUUGUGUUGAAUGGAAAGGAGCUGCAGGAUGAGAAUGCAAAUAACAAGCCUACAGGACCCAGUUCCACCACCUGCACCCCAACGUCCACACCUUUGUCCGCUUUAUUAAAGACCCCCCAGAAAAGCCCAGAGCCCCCCACACUUAACGAACUAUGGACCCCUGGUCGAGACUCAUGCUCAGAUACUGAACUGGAGAGGAGACUGGAAAGUGGCCUAACCAAUGGCUUUGAUGGGCACAAAGACAGAAGGUCUGAUUCUGAGUCCAGCGUGUGUCCAGUGCUUCUCAAAGAAAUUAACUCACCACCCAGGCGAAGCCUUGGAAAACCAUCCCUUUCCAAAGUUCCUCUUCUUGAGAUGCUCAACGGAGAUUCAGAUUACGCUGGCAAUAGUAGUCAAAUGUCAGACGACGAGAUGGAGCUAGAGCCUUUGGACCUGGUGUGGGCCAAAUGUAGAGGGUACCCCUCCUACCCAGCUCUGGUAAUUGACCCAGAGAUGCCCGAGGAGGGUCUGCUCCUUAACGGGGUCCCCAUCCCUGUCCCACCCAAAGAUGUCCUCCAUCUGGGCGAGCAGAGACAAGAAGAGACAAACGAGAGACUCUACUUAGUCCUUUUCUUCGACAACAAGCGGACGUGGCAGUGGCUUCCACGAGACAAAGUGACACCUUUGGGUGUCAAUGACACGGCUGACAAGUUGCGCAUCAUGGAGGGCCGCAAGUCCAGCAUCCGCAAGUCCGUACAGGUGGCGUACGACCGCGCCAUGAUCCACCAGAGCCGAGUGAGCCACAACCACGGCUUUGUGGCCUCCAAUUACCUGUAGAGGGCGACUGAACUCCCACACCAUCCAUCCUUCUCAUGUGAAGCGGCAGGUUGGUCGAUUCCUGCCAGCGCUCAAGUCUCCGACCGUAUCUAACCAGAAAACCACUAGUGUCUGACACAGAGCAGCCAUGUUUGCCUGUGUUAUCGUUAAACGGAUGAGUGAAGCUACCGUUGGGCCCCUCGU